GUCUGUGUUUGACUCGGCAGGAGAACGUAUCUCAGCCUUACUGCACACCGAACUACAUCAUUUCUGCACACUGGGUUAUGACGGCGAAAUACACUCGCGCCCGGGAAAUGUAUUCAUUCCUGAAUAUCCAGAUCCAGCAGUUCGUUAUUCAGACUCGAUUUUUGUUCUGAAGAAGGACAGAUCUGCGUUAGAGACGUAAGAAGAAGCACAUUCAUACACUCAUACAACAGCGAAAAGAAAUCGAAGAGAAUUAAAUACCGUCGUUUGCUUAGAUGGUGGAUUAUUUCGCUCCUGCUCCAACUACACUGGAUGUAACGAUAUAACAAGCAAGGGGAAACCGAGAUUAGAGACUCCAGUGCUCGCAACGAUGUUAAGCCUGUGAACAUCCCGCUAGCCAGAGAUUGGACCGGACCGCGAGCCAGCGAGACUGAGGCCGCCGGCAUGCUGGUGCCAAGCUGUCACAUGAUGCACGUGGGCGGGGCCAUGUUGCUGCUCCUGGGCCUCCUGUCCGUCGCUGACACUGAGACACCACCAAAAUUUUUAAGAACCCCUAACGACCAGACGGGAGUACAAGGAGGGGUAGCCUCGUUCAUUUGCCAAGCCACGGGCGACCCAAGGCCCAAAAUCGUCUGGAACAAGAAGGGGAAGAAAGUCAGCAACCAGCGAUUUGAGGUAGUGAUAGAGUUCGAUGACGGAUCUGGUUCUGUGCUCAGAAUCCAGCCCUUGCGAACCCCGCGAGAUGAAGCUAUUUAUGAGUGUGUGGCCUCCAACACUGUUGGAGAGACAAGCGCUUCCACGAGACUCACUGUUUUACGUGAGGACCAGCUCCCCCCUGGUUUCCCCACCAUAGACAUGGGCCCGCAGCUGAAGGUGGUGGAGCGGACGCGCACGGCCACCAUGUUGUGCGCGGCCAGCGGGAACCCCGACCCGGACAUUUCCUGGUUCAAGGACUUCCUGCCCGUUAACACCACCAAUAAUAACGGGCGCAUCAAGCAGCUAAGAUCAGAAUCCUUUGGUGGUACACCAAUAAGAGGUGCCCUCCAGAUCGAGCAGAGCGAGGAGGCGGACCAGGGGAAGUACGAGUGCGUCGCCACCAACAACGACGGCACUCGAUACUCCGCCCCUGCCAAUCUAUACGUCAGAGAGCUGCGAGAAGUGAGGCGGGUGCCCCCCAGGUUCUCCAUCCCCCCCACGGACAACGAGAUCAUGCCGGGCGGGAGCGUCAACAUCACCUGCGUGGCGGUGGGCUCCCCCAUGCCCUACGUCAAGUGGAUGCUGGGGGCCGAGGACCUGACGCCCGAGGACGACAUGCCCAUCGGCCGGAACGUCCUGGAGCUCACCGACGUCCGCCAGUCCGCCAACUACACCUGCGUGGCCAUGUCCACCCUGGGAGUCAUCGAGGCCGUCGCCCAGAUCACGGUCAAAGCCUUGCCCAAACCCCCGGGCACGCCCGUGGUGACGGAGAGGACGGCCACGAGCAUCACGCUGACCUGGGACUCCGGGAACCCGGAGCCGGUCUCCUACUACAUCAUCCAGCACAAGUCCAAGUUCUCCGAGGACACGUACAAGGAGAUCGACGGCGUGGCCACCACGCGCUACAGCGUGGGCGGGCUCAGCCCCUACUCGGACUACGAGUUCCGGGUGGUGGCGGUGAACAACAUCGGGCGGGGCCCGGCGAGCGAGGCCAUCGAGGCCAAGACGGCGGAGCAGGCGCCCAGCACCGCCCCCCGCCAGGUCAGAGGUCGCAUGCUGAGCAGCACCACCGCCAUCAUCCACUGGGACGAGCCCGAGGAGGCCAACGGCCAGAUCAUGGGCUACCGGGUCUACUACACCAUGGAGCCCGGCCUGCACGUCAACCUGUGGGAGAAGCAGAUCGUGCGCGGGGCCAACUUUCUGACCAUCCCGGGGCUCACGCCCAACAAGACCUACUACAUCAAGGUCCUGGCCUUCACCUCGGUCGGGGACGGGCCCAUGUCGCCCGAUCUGCAGAUCAUAGCCAAGACUGGAGUUCCAUCGCAGCCUACUGACUUCAAAGCAGAAGCCAAAUCGGAAACGAGCAUACUGUUGUCGUGGAUACCCCCAGUGCAGAAUGGUCAGGACAAUCAAAUCACGGGAUACGAACUGCUCUACAAGAAGGGAGAUGACAAGGAAGAGAAACGAAUCAGCUUCGAGCCCACCACCACCUUCCUGCUGAAGGACCUGAAGCCCUUCACCACGUACACCUUCCUGCUUGCUGCUCGCAGUAAGCAUGGCAUUGGGGCGUACACCAAUGAGAUAUCGGCCGAGACGCCCCAAACACAGCCCUCUGCGCCCCCCCAGGAUGUGAAAUGCUAUAGCCCCAGUUCCACUAACAUACUGGUAAGUUGGCUACCGCCACCAGUGGAGCUCCAGAACGGAAUCAUUACCAAGUACGCCGUCCACUACGCUGCCAUCGAGGGAGAGGACACGUCUUCCCACCAAAUCUCGGACCUUCCCCCGGAGAGCUCCCAGUACCUCUUGGAAAACCUGGAAAAAUGGACUGAGUACCGCGUGUCGGUCAGCGCCCACACGGACGUCGGACCGGGCCCCGAAAGUUUGCCGGUGCUGAUCCGCACCGACGAGGAUGUUCCCAGCGGUCCCCCUCGUAAAGUCGAGGUGGAGGCUGUCAACUCCUCGUCAAUUAAAGUGAUCUGGCGCUCCCCGGUGCCCAACAGACAGCACGGCCAGAUUCGGGGGUACCAGGUUCAUUAUGUCAAGAUGGUAAAUGGGGAGCCAACUGGACAACCUGUCAUUAAGGACAUCCUAAUCGACGAUGCACAGUGGGAAUAUGAUGACUCAACUGAACAUGAGAUGAUCGUUACCGAGCUCCAGGCCGAAACCACGUACUCCGUCGCCGUGGCAGCGUACACUACUAAAGGUGACGGGGCUCGGAGCAAGCCAAAGCAGGUCACCACGACAGCCGCAGUGCCAGACAAGCCCAGACUCACGGUCAAUCGCACGAAUAUGGGCACCGCCCUCCUCCAGUGGCAUCCCCCGGCGGCGACCUACGGCCCCCUGCAAGGGUACCGCCUGCGGUUCGGCCGCAAGGACGUGGAGCCCCUCACGGUCAUGGAGUUCCCGGAGCGGGAGAACCACUACACCGCCAAGGCCAUCCACAAGGGGGCCUCCUACGUCUUCCGCCUCUCGGCCCGGAACAGGGCGGGCUUCGGGGAGGAGACGGUGAAGGAGGUCACCACCCCGGAGGAUGUGCCCAGCGGCUACCCGCAGGACAUCGCGGCGGAGGGCGCCACCACCGCCACCGUCCAGGUCAGCUGGAAGCCCGUGGCUCUGGCGGAGCAGAACGGCAACGUCAUCAAGUACGCCCUGCAGUACAAGGACAUAAACAGCCCCCGGAACCCGUCCGAGCUGUUCAUCACCGCGCCCGAGUCCGCCGUCACUCUCGACGGCCUGAAAGCGGACACCACGUACGAUAUCAAAAUGUGCGCGUUCACCAGCAAGGGCUCGGGUCCCUAUAGCCCCAGUGUCCAGUUCAGGACACAGCCCCUGGAUCAAGCAGUGUUCGCAAAAAAUUUUCACGUGAAAGCUGCAAUGAAGACGUCGGUGCUGCUCACCUGGGAGAUUCCUGAAAACUAUAACCCGGCCCAGCCGUUUACUAUCCUGUACGACAACGGGCAGAGCGUGGAGGUGGACGGCAAGCUGACCCAGAAGCUGAUCACCAACCUGCAGCCGCAGACGCAGUACUCCUUCCUGCUGACCAACCGCGGGAACAGCGCCGGCGGGCUCCAGCACCGCGUCUCCACCAUGACGGCGCCCGACGUCCUGCGCACCAAGCCCUACCUGAUCGGCAAGACCAAGUCCGACGGCAUGGUGACCGUGGAGCUGCCGUCGGUGCAGACCACGGAGAAAGUGCGGGGGUACUACAUCGUGGUGGUGCCUUUGAAGAAGCAGCGUGGCGGGAAAUUCGCCAACCCCUGGGACAGUCCCGACGAAAUGGACUUGGAGGAGCUGCUCAAGGAGAUUAACAGGACGAGCAGGAGCCUUCGACUGAGGAGGCAGCUGGAGCCCAAGGCCUACAUCGCCGCCUACUUUAAGGAGCUCCCCACCGAGUUCACCCUGGGAGACAGGCAGAUCUACGGCGACUUUGAGAACAAGCAGCUCCAAAACGGCCAGGAGUACGUCUUCUUCGUGCUGGCCGUCCUGGAGAUCUCGGAAAAUACCAUGUACGCCACCAGCCCGUACUCCGACCCCGUGGUGUCAGCUGACAUCGACCCCCAGCCAAUGAUCGACGAGGAAGAGGGACUGAUCUGGGUGGUGGGCCCGGUGCUCGCCGUGGUCUUCAUCAUCUGCAUCGUCAUCGCCAUCCUCCUGUACAAGAGCAAGCCAGACAGCAUGAUAUCACGAUCAAAUUUACUCUCCGGCCAGGAACAGUCUUUGUGCCGGAAACGGGCGGAGUCAGACGGCAGAAAAGGAAGCCUUCCCAACAGCAAGGAGAUCACGUCCCAUCAUCCCACCGACCCCGUGGAGCUGCGGCGUCUCAACUUCCAAACGCCCGGUUCAGGUGUCUCCGGUUACCCCGGUAACCUCCAUUUGUCAAGCAUGGCUAGCCACCCGCCGAUCCCCAUCAUGGAACUUGCCGAUCACCUGGAGAGGCUGAAAGCCAAUGACAACUUGAAAUUCUCCCAAGAGUACGAGUCUAUCGACCCUGCCCAGCAGUUUACGUGGGAACACUCCAACCUCGAAGUCAACAAGCCAAAGAACAGAUACGCCAACGUGAUCGCGUACGACCACUCGCGCGUCCUUCUCUCCGCCAUUGACGCAGGCAUCCCAGGAAGCGACUACAUCAACGCCAACUACAUCGACGGCUACAGGAAGCAGAACGCCUACAUCGCCACCCAGGGCUCCCUGCCGGAGACUUUCGGCGACUUCUGGCGGAUGCUCUGGGAGCAGCGGAGCGCCAACAUCGUCAUGAUGACCAAGCUCGAGGAGAGGUCAAGGGUGAAGUGCGACCAGUACUGGCCCAGCCGAGGGACGGAGACGUACGGCCUGAUCCAGGUGACGCUGCUGGACACAGUGGAGCUGGCCACGUACUGCGUCCGGACGUUCGCGCUUUAUAAAAAUGGCUCGAGUGAGAAGAGAGAGGUGCGGCAGUUCCAGUUCACGGCCUGGCCGGACCACGGGGUCCCCGAGCACCCCACUCCCUUCCUGGCCUUCCUCCGGAGGGUGAAGGCCUGCAAUCCGCCCGACGCCGGGCCGAUGGUGGUGCACUGUAGCGCCGGCGUGGGCAGGACGGGCUGCUUCAUCGUCAUCGACGCCAUGCUGGAGAGGAUAAAGCACGAGAAGACGGUGGACAUCUACGGCCACGUCACCCUCAUGCGGGCCCAGCGGAACUACAUGGUCCAGACGGAGGACCAGUACAUCUUCAUCCACGACGCCCUGCUGGAGGCCGUCAUGUGCGGCACCACCGAGGUGCCCGCCCGGAACCUGUACGCCUACAUCCAGAAGCUCACGCAGAUAGAGUCCGGGGAGAACGUCACCGGCAUGGAGCUGGAGUUCAAGCGUUUAGCCAACACUAAAGCCCACACAUCACGAUUCAUCAGUGCCAAUCUUCCAUGUAACAAGUUCAAGAACCGCCUUGUUAAUAUAAUGCCAUACGAAUCCACGAGAGUAUGUCUCCAGCCAAUCAGAGGGGUAGAAGGCUCCGAUUACAUCAACGCCAGCUUUAUUGAUGGAUACAGACAACAGAAGGCCUACAUUGCCACGCAAGGUCCUUUAGCAGAGACCACGGAAGACUACUGGAGGAUGCUGUGGGAACACAACUCCACCAUAGUGGUCAUGCUCACCAAGCUAAGGGAAAUGGGAAGGGAAAAGUGCCAUCAGUACUGGCCAGCGGAGAGGUCUGCCAGGUACCAGUACUUUGUGGUGGAUCCAAUGGCCGAGUACAAUAUGCCCCAGUACAUACUGAGGGAGUUUAAAGUGACCGACGCCAGGGACGGACAGUCGCGAACGGUGCGGCAGUUCCAGUUCACGGACUGGCCAGAGCAAGGAGUGCCAAAGUCAGGGGAGGGUUUCAUCGACUUCAUCGGCCAGGUGCACAAAACGAAAGAGCAGUUCGGCCAGGACGGGCCCAUCUCAGUGCACUGCAGCGCGGGAGUGGGCAGGACCGGCGUCUUCAUCACGCUCAGCAUCGUCCUGGAGCGAAUGAGGUACGAGGGGGUGGUGGACAUCUUCCAGACGGUCAAAAUGCUACGGACGCAGCGGCCGGCCAUGGUGCAGACGGAGGAUCAGUAUCAGUUCUGCUACAGAGCCGGAUUGGAAUAUCUUGGAAGUUUUGAUCACUAUGCAACGUAAAAAAAAAAAAACAACCCAUUCCUGGAGGACACGGCAGGCCGCUCAAGAUCCCGAGAGCCUCUUCUGAGCCAUAAUCACACGCUUGGGACGUACUUCUUCACUUCUAGCUAAAGACAAACUAAAUGUCGGAUGUGAAACAAACAAACAAAUAAACAAAAAAUGAAAAAAAAAAAUGAUUCCAGGUGGACCAAGAAUUUACUUAUUUGAUAAAACUACCCUGAAAAAUAACGAGUGAAAUCCUGA